AUGCUCCGCUCACUGACACGCGUCUCCCUCCGGCAAACUACCGCCUCGACCCCCCUCUCCCUCCGCCUGCGCGCCCUCUCCACCCUCCCCUCUAACUCCCAUGUCUAUGUCUUUCCCGACCCAAAUAAUCCAGCACAACAUCUCCUCACCUUUCUACCCACGUCCCCACCUAAUGCCUCCCUCGCCAUCGGCACUACGACCGCCAGCCCACCCAACCCCUCCUCAGUCCAAGAAAACCCCCGAUUCCUCGACCUCCUCCACUCCACCAUUGCCGAGCACGGCCACCAAGAUCCGCAACUGCGGGGCGAAGCUACCGCGCUAGCCACCUCGACCGGCGGGAUCCCUCUGGCGCAGACGCAGCGGCGACAACAGACCGGCUCCGCCGGCGCCAGCGAUCAGGGUGGUCACGGCGGCGGUGGGCGCGGCGGCUGGAUCCACGUAUACGACCUGAGGCAUCCGCCUGAUUUUGGCAGGAUCCCGGAUCCAGAAGAUAUCUUUGGGAGUCUGGAAGUGGAUGCCGACGGCACUUUUACCGAUGGCACGGGCGACUAUCAGCAGAGUGGGACGUAUCGGGUAUGCACCCGGGAUGGGGUGGUGCAGCUCAGUGACUUUCUAAGAGGGAAGUUGAUUCAGAGGUUGAAGGCGGAGGAGGCGAGGCUCGGGAAGUCGUGA